AUGCUGCCGGAGCUCAUCUACUUCCUCACGGAGCUGGCCCUGGCUUCGGAGGACGUGUUGGCGGGAGGCUCCGUCUAUGAGGGCAGCGGCGGCACCCGCAAGAGCAACCUCUUCCUGGCGAAGAUCACCCGGCCCAUCUACAACGUGGUGUUCGAGGCGGGCAAAUCUGCCGAGAUGGCAAGCUCCGGGGGCAAAACUUUGGUUCACUUUCGGGUCAGGCUUUUGGAGUGUCAGUAG